CUCUUUCUCACCAAAUAAAAUGAACGGACACGUGUCUCAUUCUUACAAUCGGUUUUGAUAAACACUGAAAGUACAUACAAGACUACGGAGAACUACGGAAAACUGAAGAAGGGGGUAGAAAAGGUACUAGAAGGAAUGACUGUACACGGGCAUCUAUAUACAUGCAUCUGAACCGUUGUAACGUCGUCUUCUCGGUAGCGUUAGUGAACACGUAAUCUUGAGUGACACGCGUUGUGUGUGUUUUUUCAACCGGCAGUUAUACAAGUCACUGAUCAUGUUUCCUACGAUAGACAAGACGUUCUAUCAAAAUGUAGAGGAACAUAAGUUUCCGAGACUCAACAUGCGGUGGAACAGAUACGUCGACUGUUUGACUUAUUUGACGGAAACCUAUGGUCUUCGUAUGGCAGUAAGGAUAAUGGCUCACGAAGGUCAAUUGAUGAAUCAUUUAAUGAACAAUCAGGACAUGCACGAUUCUAUAACGCAGUGGUUACAAUACAAUUACAAUCUAAUAGACAAAAAGAAACACAAAAAAGAUCUGGAUGUCUCGAUAGCUCACAAGUUAACUGGGAACCAAGAGUUUCAGGCGAAAAAUUAUGCUGCAUCUCUGGAAUCAUAUACAAAAAGCGCAAUAUUUGCUCCAUUAGAUAGUGAAGAGUUGUCGAUAGCAAUUGGAAAUAGAUCAGCCUCUCUGUUCCAAUUGAACAGAUUGGUGGACUGCAUCAAAGAUAUCAAAUUGGCGUUAAAAUUUAAUUAUCCUGACCAUUUACGCCACAAGCUGUAUCUGCGUGAGGCUGAGUGUUAUUUAAAAUUAGGUGAAAGAAUACCAGCCAUUGAAGCUGUUAUUAAAGCACGUGCUGUGGUAUCUAUGUUUAAAUCAUGUAAAAACAAAGAACAAUUGCAAAAGAAAUUGAAUGAAGUAAGGUCAAAGGCAUCACAAUUAAAGGAUGAUGCAGAUGAUGCAGAUGAUGCAGAUGAUGAAAAUACUGCCAACACUACAAAUACUACAGAAUUUUCACAGCCUCAAUUCGCAUUCGGUGAAAAUCCGGACUUCCAGUUUGCAUCGGCAGCUGUAUCAUUAGAUGAGACAUUGUCAAAAGGUAGACACGUCGUGGCAAAUAGAGACAUUAAAAAGGGACAAGUUCUUUUCAUUGAAAAGGCUUUCGCCUUUGUUCCAUUGAACAUUUACGAAAUGAAUCAUGUCUGUCACCAUUGUUGUCGCACAAUCACUGCAGAAGUUUGUACACCAUGUACGACUUGUAUCGAUGUUUUAUACUGCGACUUGGAAUGUUUGGAAAAGGCACGUCCAUAUCAUCGCUGGGAAUGUCUCGGCUAUCAAUUGUGUAUCUGGUCUCAGAUCGGAAUAGCAUAUUUGGCCUUGAAAAUGUUAUUCAUCAGUGUACUUACGACCGAUAUUGACAAAUUUAACGACGUACAAGUGCUAAUGACUAAUUUUGACCAAGCUAAUCCAAGCGAUACUAUUUCAUAUGCACUCACAGCAAGUUUGCUUACGCAUUAUCUUUCGGGUUAUACUGACUUUUUCGAAAGUGUCAAUCUUAAAGAAUGCCUAGCAUCGAAGUUCACUGAUGAGCACGAUGGAUUCUCUGCCACCUAUAAUCUCGAUAGAACGUGCCAUCAACGAUUGUUUGUGGGCUCUCUACUAUUGAAGUACAUAUUACAGCUUGUUGCUAAUGGGUACGCUAUUACAAAGAUAAACACGACAUUGAUACCAGAUUCAUGUUUGCGCGUCCAGCAACAAGAUAGAAUAGCAACAGCAAUUUAUCCUACUGCAAGCUUCAUGAAUCACUCGUGUAAUCCUAAUGUAAUAAAUAGCUUCAUGGACGACGUUUUAAUAGUGAAAGCUGUACGUGACAUUAAAGAGAAUGAAGAAAUUGUACAUUGUUAUGGACCUGAUUUUAGAAGAAUGCCAAGAUCAGAGAGACAGGAACGAUUAAAAAGUCAAUAUUGUUUUAAAUGUUCUUGUAACGCAUGCACCAGUCCAGAAUAUAAAUUUUUCUUGGAAAAAUUCAGCGCGUUAAAGUGCCCAGAAUGCAGCGGACCAUUGCGUGAUGCUGACUCUCAAUUUUCCUGUAUGGAUUGUGGAAAAGUAUUCAAAGAAAUUAAUUAUGGGCUCUCUUUAGGACAAGCUAAAAUGUUUUUUGAUGAAGGAGUAACUUUCUUAAACAAUAAUCAGUACCCAGAAGCGAUAAAUAAAUUCAUGCAAUGUUUGUCGAUUAGAAGAGAAAUAUUAUACAAACUUCACAAUGACAUUACCAAAACCUUCGAUUAUAUUGCAAGAGUAUAUGCUAAAGCAGAACAAUGGUUGAAUAGCAUUACAUACAUUGAGUACACCAUGAUAGCCGUCGAAGAAAAAUAUGGUCCCUCGAGUAUAGAAGUCUGUUACGAAUUAAAUAAAUUAACAGAUAUAUGCAUCACCUAUUUGCAGAACGAAAGUAAAACACAAACCAAAUUUUAUAAAAACAUUUUAAAAAAGACACGGCGAUAUUUGAAUAGAUCUCAGGAAAUUGUAGAUCUCGCUUAUGGUCCCUGGAGCGUUCUUCACAAUGAAACUGUCGUCAAGAAGAAGGUUCUUGAGGAUAUCUUGAAAGAUUAUAACGUGUGAUAUGUGACAAUUUUCAACGUAUAACAGAGAAUAAAGAGUGCAGAAGAAAGCACCUUUACAUGCCUUUCCAUAGAUUGGAUUAUAAUAUAGUAUUCAUCUUGGUUAGUCAAUUCAUUAUUUUUAAUCUAUUUACAAUAAUCACUGUUCAAAAUGUACGAAAUUUUGUGACAACUAUCUCAUAUUAUAAAGCUUAUUUUAUUAAGGAUUUAAUAAAGACUGCAUUUUUAGCAUAA